AAGGGUUUUAGGAGCAAGAAUUAUAUCCUCAAAACCCUAAAAAUUCAUGUGAUGGAACUUCAAACUCUUUGUUGCGCUCUUCCCUCUCAACCACUUCAAUUAUCCAAACAUCAUCGUGUCAGUAAUCAAGCAAUUCAAACAAACGCUCUAUUCAGACAUCAGAGACAGAAAUUUGGGUUUGAAAAAGCAUCAAAAUACUUAAAAGGGGUGGGAUUGAACAACUUUCAAAGGACUCUUGUACAUGUUACUGAUUCCUCUGUAAAUGGUGCUUUGGAAGUUGAAUCGUCACAAAGUUCUAGUGUUCCUGUUAAUGCGGUGGAAGUGGAACCGUUUCAUGGUAAAUCAGGUUCUGUCUCUUUUUAUGGGUUGACACACCAAUCUGUUGAAGAAGGGAAAUUGGAAUUUGCUCCAAUCACACAAGAGGAUAGCUCUUACUUCUGGGUCUGGGGUCCUAUUGCAUUCAUAUCAUCUUUGAUUCUGCCACAGUUCUUCAUUGGCACUGUUGUUGACGCUUAUUUUAAUGGUUUGAUUUUAAAAGAUAUUGUAACUUCAAUCUCUUCCGAGGCACUGUUCUAUAUUGGACUUGCAACCUUUUUGGGGGUGGCUGAUCGUGUCCAGAGGCCAUAUUUGCAGUACAGCUCUAAAAGGUGGGGUCUCAUCACUGGCCUCAAAGGACACAUAACCUCUGUUUUCCUCACAACGGGUUUGAAGAUUACUGUUCCUCUUCUUCUUUUGUACGUGACCUGGUCAGUGGUUCGCAUGGCCGCGGUUGUUGCUAUAGCUCCCUUUGUAGUUGGCUGUUUUGCUCAAUUUGCAUUUGAGAGAUAUUUGGAAAAGCGCGGGUCGUCGUGCUGGCCUCUAGUCCCUAUUAUAUUUGAGGUAUACAGACUUUUUCAGCUUACAAAAGCCGCUACUUUCACCGAUAAGUUGAUGUACUCUAUGAAAAACCUACCAGCGUCACCUGAAGUACUAGAGCGAAGUGGAACUUUGUUUGGAAUGAUGGUGAUCUUCCAGUUACUGGGAAUCGUGUGCCUCUGGUCAUUGAUGACAUUUCUUUUGAGGCUAUUCCCUUCUAGGCCAGUAGCAGAAAACUACUGAGUUUUGUAUCAAAUGUAGAGUGUUGUAUAUAUUCGGAAUUGUAUAACAUUUGUAAGGCGUUUCAUAAAAGUUGUGUCAUUGUAAUUCAUUUCUGUUUUAACUU